AGAGCCCUGGUUCAAAAUUUGAAUUCUGAAAAAUAUUGUCUUUCUCUCUCUCUUCCUGCAACGGGAAUUAGCAGCCAUGGAAGAUGUUGAGGUGCAGGUUUUAGAUCCGGAGACGGAGUUUCUUGCGUCGAAACGGGAGACAGGUAACGAGUGGGAACUCUUCAAGGAAAACGUCAGGCCAUUGAAGAGGGGUCGCAAUGUUAGUGUCCUAAACGAUGCCCUAAAAGCGCACACCCAAAAUCAGCUUAAGAAAUCUUUACUUGAGGAGCGAAGGAGACUCAUUGAGGCGAUCGAUGAGUACCAAGGGGAUGAUCCUCUCCACCCUUGGAUUCAGUGUGUUAAAUGGAUUCAAGAGGCAUUUCCUUCUGCCGGAGAUUCCUCAGGUCUAGUGCUCAUAUAUGAACAAUGUGUUCGAACAUUUUGGCAUUCAGACCGUUAUAAGGAUGAUUUUCGCUACCUCAAAGUGUGGCUUGAAUAUGCUGACAAUUGUAUUGAUGCUCAAAUAAUAUACACUUUUCUUGAUGCAAAUGAUAUUGGGAAGACGCAUGCAGCGUACUACAUAGCAUAUGCUCUGCACCUUGAAUCCAAAUCCAAGAUGAAAGCCGCAAAUGAGAUAUUAAAUCUUGGAAUAUCUAGGAGCGCUCAACCAAUUGAAAAGUUAAGGGAUGCCUACAAGAAAUUUCUUCUGCGCUCAAUGAAAAUGCAAAAUGCUAAUAAUAAUGAAGAUUCAAUGGAAAAUAAUAAUGCAUCAGUCAGAAGUUUUGGAACUGUCUUAGCUGGAGAAGAGAAUCGAAGGCAGACAACUGAGAAUUCUAAUCUUGCCAAAAAGCUAUUGAAGCCAGAGCAAGUCCAGCGUGCUCCACUCUCUGUUUAUAAUGAUAGAAAUGUUGAUACGAUUGGUCAGAAUUCAAAGCUGAAGACUAACUUCAACCCUUGGCAAACUCUUGGAACUAGAGCUGAAAGGAACAAAGAAAACAAUUCGAUACCUGCCAAGUGGACUUCAUACAAGGUUCCACAGAGACCUGGGCCUAGAGCUGGAGGGUCCACCACCCAAGGUGCCUGUAUUCAGGUGUUUGUUGAUGAGGAAUGUUCAGAAAGGUCUAAAACAGGUACUGAGACUGAGAGUGGUAGAACAUCAAGUCUGCAGCUCAGAGAGAUGGAUGGCAAGAACAUAAAAAAGGAAACAGAGCUACUGAGGGAAAAUCCACUGCGCAAUUUCCCUUCAAAAAGCCUUCCCAGAUGAUUCAACAUCCAACAAUAAUAAUGUAUGGAUCAGCUUUCAACUCUAAAGCCUGAUCUAUCCCGACUUUGAAUGCAAAACAACCGUGCCAUGCUUUUGUGUGAUCAGUUUGAGUUUGAAUGUAUUCCUACUUGUGAUAUUCUUUUAUUCUCGAACAGUAGCAUGCUUAAUUCUUGGGGAACAAAGACUCUGCUCCCUCAGAUAAGUAUGGGGUACUGUUUUCUUGAGACACCCUCAAGUUUGUAAUUUGUGUAACUUGUCAAGGCACACCCUCAGCUGGCUAAACAAAAUCAUAUUCGAAUUUGUUAUCUAAUGAAAGAACAGUGUUGUG